AUGCUUUCUCCAGCGGCUUUCGUUGCGUUCUCUGCAUUAUCGCUCUCUGUUUUGCCGCUGGCAACGGCAGACGACGCUCGUUCUUGCAGUACAGGCUAUGAAUCCCUAGACCCGUCGCUUUUCAAACUCAAGGACGUCCCCAACAACUACUAUUCUUCUUUGAGCAAGAUAUUUGAGAAUUCAGGCAAGAAUGUCAGUGUACCCGACGUGCUAGACUCGGGGAACCGGGACCUGGUCAAAGAAAGCAACUCUGGAACCACAAUUGAGCUGUGGGCCUGGAACUCGGGAGACGAGAGUACAGAAAAAUGGUACCCUCAGGGCAUCACAAGCAGCGGUGAUGCGCUAGGAAGCGGCGAGUGGGAAUCGAGAGAAGCAUGGCUCGUGAGCUGGUAUCAGAAUCAAGGCCAGAAAAACGUCCGCAUCAGUUUUGUGGACCGUUCAACACACAAGUAUAGACAUGCGUUACUCGUGGAGCCAACUAGUGAUUCCAAUUUCACGUCUGUGCCUAUCCAUGCCGGUGGGAUUGUGUGGUAUGGGAAUGCGCUGUAUGUUGUUGAUACCAAGGAUGGGUUGAGGGUCUUUGACCUGGAUAACAUCUGGGAAGUCGACAUCGGGGAUGGCCUUGGCCGUCAGUCGAGCGGCGAAUAUACAGCUAACAGCUAUAGAUAUGUUAUACCCCAAGUACGUUGGACCGCCGAGCAGCCUUCCACAUCAUUCCAACACUCUUGGGUCUCCCUUGACCGCAGUACAACGCCUGACUCACUUUUGAUCGGGGAGUACGCAACCACAGAUGUUGAUACACCGAUUCGCCUUGUUCGAUACUCUCUGGAUUACACGACUCGUGAGCUGAAAACAAGCAGCGGAGUCGCAACAUCAACUUUUGCGCACUGUGUCGACAUUCUCCGUAUGCAAGGAGGCUUCUCCAUGAAUAGCACGUAUUACCUUGAUAGAAGCAAUGGGAAGAGCACGGGAGGCGACCUGUUCACCUGGAAAGUCGGUGAGGACACACCAUCAGAACAAACCUCCAACUUCUUGCCCGGCCCGGAGGACUUGAGCUAUAACCCAUCGCGGGGAGAAUACUACACAGUAAACGAGCAUCCAGGAGAACGAUACAUUGCUGUAUACAAGAUUUGA